AUGUUCGACGCAACCCGGCGAUGGUUCCGCCGGAAUAGAACGCCUCUCGCCAUCGGCGUGGGAGUCGUCGGUGCAGGAUACGUCGUGACGAAUUAUGUCCUGGGCAAGAUCAACGAUGCGCGGGAGCGCAUGAGCAGCGACCGCAUCGCGAAGGAGAACCUCCGCCGCCGAUUCGAGCAGAACCAGGAAGACUGCACCUUCACCGUCCUCGCGCUCCUCCCCUCCGCGACGACUAGCAUCCUCGAGGCUAUGAACACGGAAAAGAUCACGUACGAAAUCCAGAAGAUGAAGGGCCAGACCAAGAGCGUCAAGAGUGGCAGCGGCGAGAGCGUGAGUCCGCCGAGCAUUGCGGACACCACAAUGACCGCCGACGACGAUGGCCGCAGUGUGGUCAGCAGCGGCGUGCAGAGCGAGAGCGGGCUGCACGCGAGCCAGAUGACGGUGCCCAGCGCGGCCGCGACAUCCGGGGAGGGCACAGCUGCGCAAGACGGAGGGGCCGCGGGUGCGGCGGCGGCGCAGAAGGCCAGGAAGACCAAGAGGCAGUUGUGGGAUGAUUUGACGAUUAGCUCAAUCACGAGAGCGUUCACACUGCUGUACACGCUUGCGCUUUUGACAAUGCUGACGAGGGUCCAAUUGAACCUCCUCGGUCGACGCAGCUACUUGUCGAGCGUCAUCUCACUCGCGACAGGUGCCGCGCAGGCGACGAUCAGCCUCGAGAACAACGACGACGACGGCCUUGAGCCUUACGGCAACGACUUUGAAACCAACCGCCGAUAUCUGACAUUUAGCUGGUGGCUUCUGAAUGAGGGAUGGAAGGAGAUUGGCCAGCGUGUCGAGGCUGCCGUCCGCCAAGUCUUUGGCCACCUCAGUCCGCGCGACCUGCUCAGCUUUGAGCAAUUCUCCGAGCUCACCCUCGCGGUGCGCAAGAAUGUCGAGGGUGCGACGCCCGAGGAGCGUCGCAAGGCCAAGUGGCUUCCAUACCUGCUGCCGCCGCGCAACAAGGAAGACCAUGUCCUCCGUGAGUCUGGCAUCCUGGAAGAGAGCACCGUCAUGCUUUCCGAAAGCACGACGUCCCAGUCCCCCGCGUCGUCGCCCGCGGUCAGGAGGCUCCUCGAUGAGACCUCGGACCUGAUUGAGUCCCCCUCCUUCACGCACGUACUCACCCUCCUGCUUGACGCGGGCUUCUCCACAUUGGUGGACAAGAAGCUCGCCUCGGCGGCCUUUGACAAGCCGGACCUCGCGCAGUCGGAGCCCCGCACUUCGCAGGUCGUGUUGCUGCCCAAGAUCCUCUCGGUGCUCACCAGGCAGGCGCACGUGAUUGGCAACGGCAUGCCGAACGAGUAUCUCCAGGAGAUGGAGCAGGUGCGCGACCUGGAGGGCUUAGCGGCGGUGGUGUACUCCAGCAACUGGGAGAACGAGAUCCAGCAGGAGGAGGGGGGCAUCAUGGCCAGCGCCGUGGAUGUCAGAGCGAGCGAGGUGCCGUCGAGGCCCAGCCAAGCGACGACCAACAUCCCGAGCCAGCAGACGCAGGCGACGACACAGGGGACCGGCGAGGAAAGCGUUGUGGUCGUCGACCCCGCGACAAGUUUCGAGAGCGCGUGGGGUAGGGCGGUGGACCAGAAGUAA